AUGGCCGGCUACCUCCGAGCUGUCACCUCCGUCUGCCGCUCCUCCGCGGCCGCCUUCGGGAAGAACCCGGGAGCCCUGAGCCCGGCCCUGUGCCAGCAGCAGAGGAACUAUGCAGACAAACGUAUCAAGGUCGCAAACCCGGUGGUGGAAAUGGAUGGGGAUGAGAUGACCCGUAUCAUCUGGGAGUUUAUCAAGGAAAAGUUGAUUUUGUCCAAUGUUGAUGUUGAACUGAAAUACUUUGAUCUUGGGCUUCCAUACCGUGACCAAACAAAUGACCAGGUCACCAUUGACUCUGCUCUGGCCACCUUGAAGUACAAUGUUUCUGUGAAGUGUGCCACCAUCACUCCUGACGAAGCUCGAGUGGAAGAAUUUAAGCUGAAGAAGAUGUGGAAGAGCCCCAAUGGAACAAUAAGAAAUAUACUGGGCGGAACAGUCUUCCGUGAGCCAAUCAUCUGCAAGAACAUUCCACGCUUGGUUCCUGGGUGGACGCAGCCAAUCACCAUUGGCAGACAUGCACAUGGUGACCAGUACAAAGCUACAGACUUUGUUGUGUUGACAAAGCUGGAACAUUCAAGUUGGUGUUCAACCCAGCUGAUGGUACCGCUGCUAAGGAAUGGGAAGUGUUCAAAUUCCCUGCAGGAGGUGUUGGCAUGGGAAUGUAUAACACAGAUGAGUCCAUUUCUGGCUUUGCACAUAGCUGCUUCCAGUAUGCUAUUCAAAAGAAAUGGCCUCUGUACAUGAGUACAAAGAACACCAUCUUGAAGGCUUAUGAUGGCAGGUUCAAGGACAUCUUCCAAGAGAUCUUCGAAAAACACUACAAGCCAGAUUUUGAUAAGCUGAAGAUCUGGUACGAGCAUAGGCUUAUUGAUGACAUGGUAGCACAGGUCCUCAAAUCCUCUGGAGGCUUUGUGUGGGCGUGCAAGAACUAUGAUGGAGAUGUCCAGUCUGAUAUUCUUGCUCAAGGAUUUGGUUCCCUUGGAAUGAUGACUUCUGUCCUGGUGUGCCCUGAUGGAAAAACUAUUGAAGCUGAGGCAGCCCACGGAACCGUAACUCGCCAUUACAGGGAACAUCAGAAGGGUCGUCCCACAAGCACAAAUCCAAUUGCCAGCAUCUUUGCAUGGACACGAGGCUUGGAGCACAGAGGAAAACUUGAUGGAAACAAGGACCUUAUUGACUUCUCCUUGAAACUGGAGAAGGUUUGUGUGGAGACAGUGGAGAGUGGUGCAAUGACAAAGGAUUUGGCCGGAUGCAUCCACGGAGGUUUCAGCAAGUAUGUACCAGUUAUUGACUAUUUUAGCAACAUGUCGCCAAUUUGUACUGAGGGUUGUAACAUUGUAUUUCUCUCCCCAGCGUCCGACUGA